UUGAUUUUUAAUUAAAUGCUACCGACCUAUUUACUCUUAACAAGCCGAAUAAGUCAAUUGGUAAUGGACCGAUUGUAAUGGAGCUUGUCGUUUAUCAUUUCAAGGCUUAAUGGGCUUCUAAUAGAAAGAAUAAAGUAAAUUACUAAUGAAAACGUGAAAAGCUUUAUGGAGAUUAUAAUAUAGAAAAUUUGUUACAUCAUUACAUGGCACGUCCACCGAAUGAUCCAAGUAUUUUUUUUUAAUUCUGAGAACAGUCCGGAUCAUCAGCUGAAGCCCCUGAAUGCUUAGCAUUAUGACAAACUUUGGGCUUGGAAUCUUACACUUUCACGUACUUCUUACUUGUGGUGUACUUUGAGCUAGGUAAAUGAAUUUAUUUUUACUUAAAUAUUCUUGAAUCAAACAGUUAGUUAGGAACCUUAUUUUUCUUGUAACUUGGUUCAAAAAAAAAAAAAAUUGUCUUGUAACAAUCUAGUUUCCCAUGUGUUUUUAAAAAAUAUUUUUAUUUAGUUAUAAUCUUUACACACACAUAUCUAAUACACCAACAUUUCAUAUCUAUAUAUAUAUAAAGGGGAGUUUGACCCGUUCUUCAAAGCGCAAAAUUAUUUUUGUUGAUAAAAUUAGCAAUCCAUUUCUUAGUUCAUAACAUAAAUAAAAAAUCUAUUUGGUAAACUCGUUUUUACUUGAUAAAUAUAUUGUAUAUUCGAUGAAAUAACCUGAGAACUGUGGACAAUUAUGUUGUGCAUGGAUGUGGUCAUAGAUAAUAGAUAUAUGAUUGUUUUUUCUAGUUGUGGUCAAGUGGUCAAGAAUGAAUAUUAAUGGAAUUUUCAAAAUGUAUACAACAAAUAACAUCAGAAAACAAAAAAAAAAAAGAUAAGAAAAGUCUGGUUUUUAAGUUGUUGUGAGUUAAGGUGAGUACUCAUGAUGAAAGUGUUUGUAUUUUUGUUACAUGUGGUUAGUGAUUAGUAACGUAUUAUAGAGAUUUUCGGAUUGGUGUGUGGUUAGCGGUCAGUGGUUUAUAACCACGAUUCAGACUACUCAAGUGGCUAGACUGAGGUUCAAGAGAUCGGACUGGAAGUUUUUUCAUAUUUUUCUUGAUUUGGCUAUAAUAUGUAUUAUAUGUUGUGAAGAACACUGUAGAUAGGGUGGGAAAUUUAUUCUUCUGUAAGCAUAACUUAAGGUAAAAGGCAUAACAAGUUAUGAUGCGUAAACAAAAAAAGGUAAUUCAUAGAUUAGUCACUAUAAGUUGUAUAUAGCUAGCUACAUGUACACUAAAAACAUCUUGCUAGAAUAUAACCUAACGAAUUAUAGCUAAAAUAGAAUACACAAUAAAGUUUUGUGAGUUAUAUAUCUAGGAUAGAUCUAUGUAUAAUACUUACUAUCCGAACUCUAGUUAAGUAGAUAACCAAAAUGAGUAUUCUAUCCGAGUUAGGACAUAAAAUAAAAUAUGACUUCCUAUUUUUUAAAAGAAUUUAAACAUAUAAACUAGUCAUACUUAUGUUUACAAUGCUUUUCAUAUUUUUUUAUAUAUUUAUAUUUUAGUUUACUAUUUUUUUUCAUUACAUAAUGGUAAAAUCUGUUCAAAAUGACCAAGGGUAUCAAAAAUCCUAUUGGGACAAAAUAAAAUUGAAAGUGUCCAUUUUUUCCAAUUCUUCAAAAAAAAAAACAUAAAAACAAAAAAAAAAGAGUGGUCCAAAAAUGGAAAAUACUUACUACCCAAACUCUGGAUAAGUAGAUAGCCAAAAUGAGUAUUCUAUAGCUAGGACAUAAAAUAAAAUAUGAUUUCCUAUUUCUUAAAAGAAUUUUAAACAUAUAAAAUAGUCAACUUAUGUUUACAAUGCUUUUCAUAUUUUUUAUAUUUUAAAAUUUUAGUUUACUAUUUUUUUAUUACAAAAUGAUAAAAUAUAUGUUCAGAAUGACCAAAAGUAUCAAAAAUCCUAUUGGGCUGUAAGAAGUGACUUUAGCUUUAAUUUUUAUCUACAUCCUUAAAUACUACCAAUCAUGUUUCACCUUGGUUUUUAAAGUUACAACCAAAAAAAACUAAAGGUACAACAAAAACACACAAAAAAUAGUUGUAAAAUUUUUAUUUUUUAAAUCCCCAUCUUUUUAGCUGUAUGAAAUUUUAAAGUUACAUCCCUUAAAACUAAAUAAAAAAUCCUAAAAUAAAUUUUCUACAGUUACAUCCCAAACAAUCACCCCCAAAAUAAAAUUGAAAGCGUCCAUUUUUCCAAUUCUUCCCAAAAAAAACAGAAAAACAAAAAUAAAAGGAGUGCUCCAAAAUGGAAAAAGGAAACAAUAAAAGGAACGUUUUGAGUAUAAGAAAAAAGGAAAUAAGGUUGAAAUAAAAAAAAGGAAACUUUUAUUGUUUGAAAAAAACUGUUCUAUAUAAUAAUAGCAUCAGCGACGCUCUCUUUCUCUGCUUCUUUACUUGUUAACAUUUCCUCACAAAAUGAAGACGGUUCCACGAGAUGUUAAAGUACAUAUAGAUGUGAGUGUGUCGUUGAGCACUAGAAGCUACCUCAAUACAGCUUGCAUCAAUCUCUUCCACAAACUCCAGAGACAUGUCGUUGACGAAUCUGAUGGAACCAUCAAUUGUAUUGGACUUUACCCCGCGCCUCCUCUUCCCGUCCCUCAUAUCUGCUUGAAUCUCUAUAAAGACAAAACCAGUUCACAAGAUCUUCUUUCUCGUCUCGAUUCCCAUCUCCAUAAUCCUUACUUGUCUCGUCAGAUCGUCGAGAAGAUGGCUGAACAAGCGGCUCGGAACAACGGGUUUCUACUAGAACCUUACCUCAUGGCCGUUAACGUUGUUUUGGUCCAAGACGUGUUCCACAAGAUUCCUGUUUCUUGUCUUCCUGGAAAAGAAGAGACCCUAAAGAAAGAAACGACAUGUGCCAUCUGUUUGGAGGAUUUGUGGACUAACAAACAGCUGAAAUUGCCACAUUGUUCGCAUCAGUUUCACUUUAGAUGUAUCAGCAAGUGGUUACAGAGUCGCAACUCUUGCCCUCUCUGCCGUGAAAUUGUGUUCGUAAAGAGUGAUUUUGAGUAAUCUGCUUCUUACGUUUUUUUUUAAAUGUAUUGUAAUAACUACUUCAGAUUCCUUGUUUUUCUUUCUUUUUUUGGUAACAUAACACAAUGAGAACUUGACACUAGAGAUUAUAUGUUACCCAACAAAUUAAAAGCAUUGGUCAACAAACGUCUGCUUAUUACCUGAAUACCAAGAAACAUCUGCUUCUUGAUCAACAAAUGUUUCAUUAUUUAAUUGUUUCCUCAAACAUAACAAUUACUUAGUGAAUCGGAUAUUAGGAUCUUAUUUCAGAAUGAUCAUGUCCAGUAAGAUCAACAAGUGUGUUAUAAUAUAGAGAAUGAUGUCGAGCUUGGAGUUGGUAACAUCAUUUUUAUCAUUUUUGCAACUGCAUCCAGGCACCUUUUACCUUUUAGGGCUUUCUAGAUAUUAGGCACACAAAAAUAUUCUUCAAAACAUGAAUCAUGUUUAACAACACAGUCACCAAUGCAUAGGGAUACAUACUAACAUCAUUUUUGUCAUACAAUAAGCAUACUGUAUUUGACAUUUUCGAUCUCUGCACAAACACAAACUCACAUAAGAACAUAUUGAUCCAAAUAUGAUCGCUUUUGGCUUGGGUUACUUCAGAUUCAGAGUCGGCUUAUAUCUGAUUAUGUUUUGGACAAAAUAAUUAAGACAAAUAUAUUUUUAGUUGAUAUCAUAUAUUUAUUUUUUAAAAAGAAUAAGCUAUAAAUUUUUGAUAAAUUCAGUUCUUUUAAAAUUUUAGAUUUGAUUUAGAUGGUUUUGACAAUUUCUGUUACUUGAAAUUUUAGUUGAGUUGGACAAUUUUGGUUAUUUCUUCUUUGCCUAAUAAAUUACUAAACAAAUAACGUUCGUUUUUUAAGAAAAAUGGAACAACCAAAAAUGGAAACACCAAUAACUUUCGAAUUUUAAGAAAAAAAAAAAGCAUAUUAAGUUUUUCUUUAACAAAAAAGGAAAUUAAGUUAAGAAUGAAACAGGAAACUUUAUCGUUCGAGAAAAAAGUGUCGUCGUAUAUCAACACUCAGUUCUUCUCUCACUCAAACGAUUGCUCUCAUAUCUCUUUCUCUGCUUUUGAUUUGUUCCC